GAGUAAUUCCGAAAUCUAGUCAUUGUCAGCCUCCCAAACGCAGAGUCAACAACUCAUACGCCAAACCCAUGAGUGGCAAAUUGUUACAUCUUAGCAAGCUUGGUUAUGCCUUUGUCAUCGCUAAUCUCAUUCAAUACACUCCAUUCUUCAUCCUUCCACAGCCAAACGGUGAUGUCUUGGCAAGCCCCAUAAGCAGGUCGGAGCGUAGGUCAGCUGGAGUUCAGAUUCUGCAAAUUUGGCAGGCCUUCUAAGCUUAGAAUCCACAUGCGGCUCAGGCUGCCUUGCUCUUUGUGGGUCGCUAAACGAAAUGCG